AUGAAAGCCUUAUUGGCUAUCGUUCGCGAUAGGAGUCCAUCGAAAACACGGAAGAAAGAAAAAGAUGGGAAACGGAAUGAGCUUCGAAUCUUUAGAUCAUCUAGAUUCUUCUCUAAAGACGACUUAUCAAUUAACAAGAAAGCGAAAGAAGUAGAGAAUGAAGAAAGCUCAACGAGAAGAGAGUUCAUCGUUCCAUUAAGGAAAACAAAAUCGAAAGAACAAUGCGUAGAGACGGUGAGAUUGGGACCGUUGACACUGAAGCGACGCCCGAAAUCCCUCUUCGUUGGAUAUGAUCCGAAUUCGUUGAAAAGAAGAAUCAAGAAUGAAGAUGGAGAUGUUGAAGGGGUAGAUUCAAAUGGAAAUUUCGAGAGUUCAUGGGAUUUCGACGAGAAGCCGACGAGUGUUCGGGAGAAAAUCGCCGACUUCGAGCGGCGAUCGUCAAUCGACAGCGAUCAGGGCAGCUGCAUUAGCAUUUCGCUGAAAACCCCCAAGAAUCGCAUUUAUCCAUUCGAAACGCUAAAAAUUGACCCAAUCCUGCAAAACACUCAUCUACUAGAUGAGAAAUUUGCAGAAAUCCGUAAAAUCUUUGGUCCAAAUGAGCAAAUCGGUGUUUAUUUAAAUUUGGAUGUACAAGAGGAUUUGAUGAGUAGAAGGAAUUCGAGAAGGAAAUCGUUGAUCAAAUCGCCGAGUUUGUUGUCCGAGCCGCAAUUCAACGCUGAUCCAACUUCAGAUGAGUAUUUGACUCCAGAAGAGGACGAGGAAUUGAUUAGGACCGGCGAGCCAAGAACGCAGAGUAUCGUGGUGAAGGGAAAGAGGGAACACGAGACGUUUGCCGUAGCGAAUCUCGAGGCACCCGUGCAUGCCCGCGAGACGGUGAACAAAACAAUUGUUGUCGGGGUGAAGCAGAAGAGUCUUCUCGUCGAGAGAAUCUCUGCCAACAUUGCUCUACCAACACAGAAAUCGAACGAGAAAUUGAUUGAAAAAGAAGAAAAAGAAGGAGUAACUGGAGAAACGACAGAACUCGUCGAACAACAAUUGCGAGAGAUCGGCAGAUUGGCCGAGAAUAUUGCGAAUGCUGUGACAAAGCAUUCACAAAAGAAUCGCGAUAGUGAGGUAAUGUCAACAAGCGCUAGCAGCUCUUUUAUCAGAUUGGAUAAUAUUGAUGAGGAGAUGGGCAGAUCUCAAGCCUCAGCUUCUUUGCAUAAAUGUGCUUCAACGCCUCGAGUCUUCUCGAUUGACAAUGCUGUCGAGAUUCAACCAAAUCCUGUCAAGAGGGUUUUUCCCGUGAUUGGAAUUGAAGCUGGAGCAAUGGUUGAUAAGUUAUCCCGAGGAUUGGCUGAUCUCACAUCCGGUAGUCAGGAUCGCCUUCAACGGUGGAAGAAUAAACUUCAAACAACCGCACGACGCCACAAAGACGCCAGUGAACCGCCGCCAAUGCACAGGAAUUGUUUCCCGAAACUCACUAGCAAAGAGGAGCCAGAUAAGAAGAUCGCUUGGGCAAUGUCAGGUGGUUCUCAUUCGAUUCCCGCACCGAGGCCACUUCACUCAUCAAAAUCGCUCAACAAUGCUGGGACAAUCAUCCACGGACAAUCACUGAAUACACAACUCUCCCUCGAUAUGGAGCAUCGAACAUUGAAAUCACGGGAGAACAGCGCGAGUCAGAAGAACAUUUUUUCCUAUGAGCAAUACGAUAAUGUGUACAAUGGAAAACCUCCUGGACCCGCCAGAUUGCCCCCGAUCUCUGGGGUUAGACCGGACGGAACUGAUUUGGUUCGACCGAUUGCUUUCCGGCCAGUACCAUCAGUGAAUGAUGCGGUCAAGCGUCAAUCAGCUGGAGCUUUCAGAAGUGACUUUGAGAGAUCAAGAACUGGUCCAUUGAGUUCUUCUCUAAACGGCACCCCGCCAAUCCCGACCUCGGCUGUCCCUUCAGCGAAACCAAAAGGAAUCCAUCAACCAAGCACAAGCUUCUCUCAAUUCCCGCAUCAACGCGCAUCAAUGGAAAACGAGUACGAUACUGUGAAUGAAUUUUAUGAGAAAAAUGAUGCUGGUUCAAACGGAUCUGAUUACUCUGGAGGAGCUGGGUCGCUUGGACGAAAAAUUGGACAACAGAAUGGUCAUGUUAGCAGUCCGGGAAGUACCAAUAAAAAAUCUUUCACCUCAUCUACUUCAUCAUCCGUCUCUCGUCAUUCAUCUGGCGUUCAUGUAACCCCAUCACCCUCCGAUAGUGGAAUUGUUGACUAUGAGUCAAUCAUUCGGGACAAAGAGAACGAGUUGCGCGAAGUGAGAAACACAAUGGAACAAAACGAAGAGAUCAUUAUUAAAGUGUAUCAAGAAAAAGAAAGGAAUUAUAAAAAUGAGAUCACUGCAUUGCGAGCAAGAUUGGCAGCAAGUGAGAAAGGUGAAAACGCUUUGCGAGCUCAGCUUACGUCUUGCCAACGUCAAACUGAAUCAAUGAGAAUCACUGUCGAAGGAUUAAUGGCUGAGAAAAGAGAAUUAGAAAGAAGAUGUGCACAAUUGGAAAGAGAUGUUGCACAGUUGAAAGGACAAAAAUGUGCGGAUUGUAAAAGAUUGAAUGGGAAUCAUCCCGUUUCGCCAAGGAUUGCAAAGGAAACCACACCAAACGAAGAGCUCCGAGACGAGGUGAGCCAGCUGAGACGAGAAGUGGCGACACUUCGCGAUGCGCUUGGAUCAGUUACAAUGUUCAACAACAAUCAUACAGCGUCAAACAUCAACAGAACGCCAAGCGAGCCGAAAAUUCCUUCCGGAAGGGAUCGAUUAAUC